UCUACAUCACAGAACCACUUCAUCUUUUGAAUCGUCUUCGUUUACUUGUUAUAAUAGGUGUUUGUAGGCAAAAAUGGCGUCACGACCGGAGCUGAAAGAAGAGGACGAGUCGAGCUUCUGUAAAUUCUUCCGCAACUUGCCCCAGCCGGGUGACGACACAGUACGGAUCUUCGACCGUGGAGACUACUAUUCCGCACAUGGUGAAGAUGCGAAGUUCAUUGCUACGACUGUUUAUCGAACGAAUGCCGUUAUCCGCAAGCUUGGCCGCGAGCCCGGCCUCGAAUCCGUCACAAUGACCGUCAUGGUCUACCGCAAUUUCUUACGAGACGCGCUGUUCCGAUUGAGCAAAAGGAUAGAAGUCUGGCAAUCCUCUGGAAAGCGGAUGGAUUGGAAGGUGGCAAAACAGGCUUCGCCCGGAAACCUCCAAGACCUUGAAGACGAACUCGGCGGUCAGAUCGAAAACGCACCUAUAAUAUUAGCAGUGAAGAUUACAGCAAAAGCGUCUGAGGCUCGACAUGUCGGUGUCUGCUUUGCAGAUGCAAGCGUUCGAGAGCUUGGUGUGAGCGAGUUUCUUGACAAUGAUUCUUAUUCCAAUUUCGAAUCGUUGUUAAUUCAACUCGGCGUCAAAGAGUGUCUUAUACAGGCAGAUCCCGCCAAAAAGGAUGUGGAGUUGGGAAGGAUUAGAAAAAUUGCAGACAACUGCGGCUGCGCCAUCGCAGAGCGGUCGGUAGCGGACUAUGGCACCAAAGACAUCGAGCAAGAUCUUCCACGAUUGCUAAAGGACGAGAAGGCGGCCGGGACCCUUCCCCAAACGGAUUUGAAAUUGGCCAUGGGAUCCGCAGCAGCGUUGAUCAAAUACCUCGGCGUCAUGUCCGACUCCUCCAACUUCGGACAGUACCAGCUCUAUCAGCAUGACCUCGACCAGUACAUGAAGCUUGAUGCGGCUGCCUUGAAGGCACUAAAUCUCAUGCCAGGCCCGAGGGAUGGUUCCAAAACCAUGAGCCUUUACGGACUCCUCAACCACUGCAAGACGCCUACCGGAAGCAGACUGCUUGCGCAAUGGUUGAAACAGCCGUUGAUGAACAUUGUCGAGAUCGAGCGCCGCCAGCAGUUGGUGGAGGCGUUCGUCAACGACACAGAGCUUCGACAGACUAUGCAAGAGGAGCAUUUGCGCUCAAUACCGGAUCUCUACCGACUUGCAAAGAAGUUCCAGCGCAAGGUAGCCAAUCUAGAGGACGUGGUGAGGGCAUAUCAGGUGAUCAUCCGUCUUCCUGGAUUCCUUGGUACUCUCGAAUCUGUAAUGGAUGAACAGUAUCGUGAUCCAUUAGACGCAGAGUACACUUCAAAACUAAGAGAGUACUCGGAUUCGUUCGCAAAACUUCAGGAGAUGGUAGAAACGACAGUCGAUCUGGACGCGCUUGAUAACCACGAGUUCAUUAUCAAGCCAGAGUUUGACGAGUCAUUACGAGUCAUCCGUAAACGCCUCGACAAGUUGAGGCGCGAGAUGGAUGCAGAGCACUCACGGGUGGGACGCGACCUGAACCAAGAUACGGAGAAGAAGCUUUUCCUCGAGAAUCAUCGCGUCCACGGCUGGUGCUUCAGACUGACCCGCAAUGAAGCCAGCUGCAUACGAAACAAGAGACAGUACAAGGAGUGCUCAACCCAGAAGAACGGCGUUUACUUCACCACCGACACAUUACAGCAAACGCGACGCGAAUUCGACCAAUUGUCCGGCAACUACAACAGAACCCAGGCCGGGCUCGUCAACGAGGUAGUAGCUGUCGCCUCAUCAUACAUCCCCGUGAUCGAGAAGCUGGCCGCCGUACUUGCACAUCUUGACGUUAUCGUUGCUUUUGCCCAUGUAUCCGUCCACGCACCAACAUCAUAUACCCGACCUACGAUGCACAAACGAGGAACCGGAAACACCAUCUUGAAAGAAGCCAGACAUCCGUGCAUGGAAAUGCAGGACGACAUCUCCUUCAUCACCAACGACGUGAGCCUCGUCCGGAAAGAGAGCGAAUUCCUGAUCAUCACCGGUCCCAACAUGGGCGGAAAGUCGACCUACAUCCGCCAGAUCGGCGUCAUCGCCCUCAUGGCCCAGAUAGGCUGCUUCGUGCCCGCGUCCUCCGCCGAGCUCACCAUCUUCGACUGCAUACUCGCGCGCGUCGGCGCCAGCGACAGCCAGACCAAAGGCGUAUCGACCUUCAUGGCGGAGAUGCUCGAGACGGCCAACAUCCUCAAAUCCGCGACCAAAGAAUCCCUCAUCAUCAUCGACGAGCUCGGCCGCGGCACCAGCACAUACGACGGCUUCGGCCUCGCCUGGGCCAUCUCCGAACACAUCGUCAAGGAGAUCGGCGCCUUCGCCCUCUUCGCCACGCACUUCCACGAGCUCACCGCGCUCUCCGACACCUACAAACAAGUACAAAACAUGCACGUCGUGGCACACAUCUCCGAAGGCACCACCUCCUCCCCCUCCUCCUCCUCCGCACCAUCCAAGAAGCGCGAAGUCACCCUCCUCUACAAAGUCGAACCCGGCGUCUGCGACCAAUCCUUCGGCAUCCACGUCGCCGAGCUCGUCCGCUUCCCCCAGAAAGUCAUCAACAUGGCGAAGCGGAAAGCCGACGAGCUCGAGGACUUCUCCGGCAAGCACGAGCAGGGGUUCGAGCAGGCUUCCAAGGAGGACGUCGAGGAGGGCAGCAAGCUGCUCAAGGAGAUGCUCGUCGCGUGGCAGGCGGACGUGCAGAGCCAGGGCCUCACCAAGAAGCAGCAGGUCGCGAGGAUGCAGGAGCUGGUCCGGGGGAACGAGAGGUUGUUGCAGAAUGGGUUUUUCAAGGGUAUCCAGGCGCUGUGAGAUGAGUAGUCUUUCCGAAUCUGAAUACUCGUGCUUGGGGACACAUCGCGGCGUUUGGUAGGGGUUAAGGGGUAUGGAUAGCUUUUUAUCAGCUUAGGGUAAGGAAUAAGGACGGUUUGGUUUCUGGUAUCAUGUAUGCAUAAGGUACAUUACAUCACAUUACGUUAGAAGAUUUUCACAGAGAAUGUAAAAAGGCGAGCGACGCAGGAGCAAGCCGAUCUUCAG